GCGCGUUGCAUCAUCUCCAGCCCGCGGCUGCCCUGGGGAGGCUGGGCGCGGCGCGAUCCGCUCUUACCGGAGCAACUGCCCGCUGUCUCACACCUCUCCUCGCUCUUCCGCACCUGCGCCCGCCCUAGCCCGGAGACCCCCACCCACCAACCCCGCCCCGGGGCUGGCUCCCAGAACCUGCGGGGCACAGCCGGCAGGCCCUGCCGAGCUCCGCCGGAUCCAUUCAUUGGGAACCGCGUCUUCUCCCAGAGCCCCAGUUCCCAGCCGCCGCCGGCCCAGACGCCGGGCAGCGCCAUGGAGAAGGGCAGAGAGACCAACGGCUACCUCGACAGCGCCCAGACGGGGCCUGCGGCGGAGCCCGGCGCGCAGGAAACGGUGGUGGGGCGCGCCGGGGGCCGCGCCGGCUUCCUGCGGCGCCACGCGCUGGUGCUGCUCACCGUGUCCGGGGUGCUGGCAGGCGCGGGGCUGGGCGCGGCGCUGCGCGGGGUGCAGCUGACCCGCACGCAGAUCAUCUACCUGGCCUUCCCCGGCGAGAUGCUGCUCCGCAUGCUGCGCAUGAUCAUCCUGCCCUUGGUGGUCUGCAGCCUGGUGUCGGGCGCCGCCUCGCUCGACGCCAGCUCGCUCGGGCGUCUGGGCGGCAUCGCCAUAGCCUACUUUGGCCUCACCACGCUGGGUGCCUCGGCGCUCGCCGUCGCCUUGGCGUUCAUCAUCAAGCCCGGAGCCGGUGCGCAAACCCUGCAGACCAGCGACCUGGGGCUGGAGGACUCGGGUCCUCCCCCGGUCCCCAAAGAGACGGUGGACUCUUUCCUCGACCUGGCCAGAAACCUGAUUCCCUCCAACCUUGUGGUUGCAGCAUUCCGCACGUAUGCAACCGACUACAACGUGGUGACCUACAACACCAGCUCUGGAAACAUCACCUAUGAAAAGAUCCCCAUUGGCACCGAGAUCGAAGGGAUGAACAUUCUGGGAUUGGUCCUCUUUGCCUUGGUGUUGGGAGUGGCCCUAAAGAAGCUGGGCUCUGAAGGAGAAGAGCUCAUCCGUUUCUUCAAUUCCCUCAACGAGGCCACGAUGGUGCUGGUGUCCUGGAUUAUGUGGUACGUGCCGGUGGGCAUCAUGUUCCUGGUGGGAAGCAAGAUUGUGGAGAUGAAGGACAUCAUCACGCUGGUGACCAGCCUCGGGAAGUACAUCUUCGCGUCCAUCCUGGGCCACAUCAUUCACGGAGGACUCGUGCUGCCGCUCGUGUAUUUUGUCGUCACGCGGAAGAACCCCUACACGUUCCUGCUGGGCCUCCUCACACCAUUUGCAACAGCGUUUGCGACCUGCUCCAGCUCAGCAACGCUUCCCUCCAUGAUCAAGUGCAUCGAAGAAAACAACGGUGUCGAUAAGAGGAUCAGCAGGUUCAUCCUGCCCAUCGGGGCCACCGUGAACAUGGACGGUGCCGCCAUCUUCCAGUGCGUGGCUGCCGUGUUCAUCGCCCAGCUCAACAACGUGGACCUGAAUGCAGGACAGAUCUUCACCAUCCUAGUGACCGCCACAGCAUCCAGUGUAGGAGCAGCGGGCGUGCCAGCUGGAGGGGUCCUCACCAUCGCCAUUAUCUUGGAAGCUAUCGGGCUGCCCACGCGUGACCUCUCCCUGAUCCUGGCUGUGGACUGGAUUGUGGACCGGACCACCACGGUGGUGAACGUGGAAGGGGAUGCCCUGGGGGCCGGCAUUCUCCAUCACCUCAAUCAGAAGGCAAGCAAGAAAGGCGGGCAGGAGCUGAGCGAGGUGAAAGUGGAGGCCGUCCCCAAUUCCAAGUCCGAGGAGGAGACCUCGCCCCUGGUGACACACCAGAACCCCGCCGGCCCUGUGGCCAGCGCCCCGGAACUGGAAUCCAAGGAGUCGGUGCUGUGAAGAGGCUGGGCCUCGGGCUCACCUGCCGGCGAGGGGUGCCCUGUCCCAUGAGCCCAGCCCCCGUAGCCACGGGCCACGCCCCCACCAACUUUUAGCCUCCCGAACUCCACUUGCACCCGCCAGUGGUUUGAAGAUGACCUCUGGGCACAGACAUCAGGCUCCUCAGCAAACUGGUGCCUUGGACCAGGGCCUUCUGACGCUUGGUCUGAUCCAUGUCCAGGAACAGCCGUGUAUGCACCCAGGCUCUGUCUGGAAACCUCCCGAGAACCGCCAGGUUCCAGGACUCAUGGGCUCACAGGGCCUGUGGCUAAAGCUUGGAAAAAUGCAGGUGUUUCUCUCCUUGCUCCUAGUCCAGCCUGCAUCGGGUGCUUCCUGGGCAAACCAAGGCUGUUUGCAGGCACCUGUCACAUCACUUCGUCAACAGUAGGCAUUGGAAGAAUUCCCACAUUCUUAGCCUUGGCUGGAAUUUUCUGAGCUGGGACUCAGGUGUUUAAAAAGUUUGUGCCCCAGCUUGGUGUGGGUGCCUCUGCCACGCUGGUGGCUGGGGGACCGGAGGCACUGCCCAGUGUCAAGUUAAAAGUACUCCAGGUGGUGUUGGCACAGCUGAGGGCUCUGGUCAGUAGCACGAAGUAAUCCAUUUAUAUUCUGAGGUCUAGAAGAGGAGAGCUGGGGUAGGGAGGGGGCACCCUCAUCAGACCUGGAUGCAGCAGGGCACACACACACAGUUGCCCCAGUUCCAGCCCAAUCUAGGCACUUCUGUUUCCAAGGCGCGGGCCUCUGCCAACCCUGCAGCUUUGUCUGAAUCCAUUCUGAUUUGACAGCAGGCCUGAGAGGGGCCGCCUCCUCCCGGGGGAGUGACGUGGUCCCCACAGUCACAAUCCUUGCUGGUUUAUCCACUCUAAUUCAACUCGAUCCUUCCCCUAACAGUGCCACAUUGCAGCAGCAGCACCACCCACCCCGCCUCCCGACCCACAAGCCCAGGUACUAAUUGGGGUGGGACCCCCCAUUCCCAGGUUCCCAGUCCCCUGGCUCUGGCUGAUUGCCACAGACAGGAUUCCUCUCCCGCCAGGACUGGAGGUUUAGAAUUACCAACGGGACAGGGCUUGCCGAUGCCUGCUGUGGCUGCUGUGAGUGGCCCCUGCGCACAGAGCCCUGGGGCCUCACUCUAGCCCAUUGGUUAAAUGGGACUAACGUCACCACCUCUUACCUACCUCAGAGGGAUUUGGUGAGGCAAACUGAAGCCCGUGGAAAUGACCAUUCCACUUGCUGACGUCGAGUGCUAACAUGGGUGUUUCGCCGUGGGGCCUAUUCCCGGGGUGAGGUCGGCUUUUGCGAGCAGGGCUUUGUUCUCUGUGUCGUGGUCUGGUAGCCUCAGACGCAGCCUCUUCCUGGUGUCGAGUUUUUGUGAACGAGCUGCUCCACUUCCGCCACAUUUCACUGCGGCCCUCAGAUCUGGCGUUGCUUCGGCCACCCCACAACAGGCCUUUAAAGCCCGCCUCCUCCUGCGGUGUUCAGCCUGUGGCUGGGUGUCACCUGGGCCCUCCAGCGGAGGCACACACCUUCGUGAUGAACUAUUGCCGUGCAGCUGGGACCGAAACAAUCAGAUGCCCCCUCUGUUGUAAAGCUGGGGGCAUGAACGGAAGGCCUGAGAAAGAGCCGUGGGCACGAGGGCCGACCUGGCCGGUGGGAAGGCCCGGGUCUGUCUCCCGUGUUGCCCAGAGCGACCGGGGACCGAGCAGAGGUGCCUGGGAACGUUUCCCGGCUGGCUAGAGCUUGCCACCCACACUUUGCUGUUUGCAAAGCGGGAAAGAUCUCAUUGUUCAAUUCUGAACCGCAAGUGAACAUUCACUGUUUUUCAGGCUUCAGUCAAGCCUGUUUCUCCGUUUCUUCUUCCAUGUGUGUAUAUAGUUUUAGCUCCAAUCCAAGCGAGUUUGAGUUUGGAUAGGGGUGCACUCAGCUACAAGUUGUACGUGUUUGGCAUCCUGGUUCUCCCAUUUCUAAGAAUGAAUGUCAACGUGUUGAAGUUAGAGCUGGACAAGACGAUCCACUGGCUGAUGUGUGUAAUGUGGGUGCGGCGAUCCCCUGGGGGGCAGGGAGAAGGCACCGUGUCUCUGUUUUUCAGCCACAGAGUGGGUAACCUAGGCAGGUUCCACUUCACAUUGUUCAAAAAGUUCCCCCCAGCUGUUCUCUAACAUGUUGUCGUAAAUCCUGCCCAGAUCCUGUUCUUCUCUGACUGUUUUGUAUGUGUGACACUUGCCUUAAAACCUAGCACAGUCCUUAAAAGUGAAUACAGUAUUUCUACUGCGA